AUGUCUUUGCGCGGGCCAAUGCGACGGUCACACCUGAGGCAGGUGAGCGCUGCCAGCUUGGAGACCCUUUCGACCACCAAUACCGAGGCAUCGCACCGCGACCAUGACCCCACGCCUGAUGAACGCACCGUCCGACUAUCCACCAGCCUAGCUCGACACCAAUGCACGCUAUGGGUCCAUGAUGAGAUGUUUGCGCGGGAAGAGAUCUUAUUGAAUCCAGCGGCAUUUGGAGAAAAUGGGGUAAACAUCGGCGACGUUGUUGAAAUCCUGCCUGUUCGUGCCGUUGGCGAUACAGUUCACUCUUCUGGAAAGCCUGAUGGGCCCCGUGAGAGCCAUGCGGAUUUGAAUACCACCUCUCAGUCAGAUAGUACAUCUAAAUUCAAGACACCCCUGCAGAGCCGAUGUCUGUUUGUGGUAAAACCUCUGCCACAAGAUGUCAAGAUGCGCCAUCCGAAAUUGGAGAUCUCGGUGACUAGCAGCGUGGCCAAUAUCUUUGGGUUCAAGAAUAGAACUCAGGUUCUCUUAGCGAGUGUAGAUCGUGAACAGUGUGCCGCAUCUCAUGUGGAUAUCUCUUUCCGUGAUCAGUACAUGGUCAGGUCUGACAUGUGGCGAUUGGUCAUGUCCGAGCUUGUCGAUAAGAUUGUUUACAAGGGACAAAAGAUCAUGUUCAUGGGAAGCCUUAAGGCAACCGUAAAAAAUAUCUUCAUUCGAGAAAAGAAGGUCCUGUCAGGAUAUUUCUCGCCUCGUACCAUCCCCGUUUUCCGCAGCGAAUCGGCCAAGUAUGUGCUAUUCAUUCAAAUGUCUAGAGAGAUGUGGAACUUUGACUCGGAAGGCUCGGGUGAUAUUCUCUUCAGUCGAGUGAUCAAUGGUUUCUUACCAGAGCUUUUCAAACGAUGGGCUAAUUCCGAUGCAAAACACUUGGUCACAAUAGUACUCUUCACAAGGGUCGAAUAUGAUGUGCUUGCUCACCCCAGUUUAGCUAAACUCAACAUCGGCAAUUCCAAAGGAGCCACGGGUCCAAAUGACGUUCCCACUCGUGACUUUUACCGUGUUGUGGUAAAUGACAUGGCAAGCGGCCAUUGGACCACCAUAUUGGACGAACUAAAGAAAAACUUCAGAUCAUUUUUGAGAGAUGUGUCAAUCUUGAAGACUAAUGACUUUGAUGCGGCCGCGGGGAGUGGUCUCAAGGUUCCUUCUUCGAAGCCACAUACUGUCACAAUUGCCGGGCGUCCUAGUACAGCUCUACGUGGCAAUAUCCUCGAAGCUAUUCACCUAGCCUCAGCUAACUUGGCCUAUAACCACAUUGAUCGUGAUAUGGUUAGAACGGGUACUUCUAUAAUUGUAAUUACCCCUGGAAGUGGUGUAUUUGAGGUGUCAUACGAGUCUUUGGCUACUACAACAGAAGCCUUGACAAAUCGUGGCAUUGCCAUUGAUCUGGUCUGCCUGAGCCCAAUGCCCCUGCACUCUGUACCUCUGUUCAAAUAUCGAGAGCCGGUAGACCGACCGUCUGGUUCCAUCAUAAGCGCCACCGCGACGCCAAAGUUGUCCCCGGAGGCUCACCACUUGACUUCUAGUUUCGUCAGUCGAUCCUCGCAUCUCUCAUCGGGGUCCUAUCUUUCUGCGAGCCGCAUGCGUGAGCGAAGCUACCCUCGACUUAAUGACUGGAGUUAUGGCAUUCCACACUGGCUUGACAUCUCAUAUUGGAAUCCCGAAACCUAUCGACAAGCUCGACGAAUUUUGAAAAAUGAUCUCAAUGCCCCGAUCCCAUUUACUGUCACUCGCCCGUCGAAAGCUUUCACGCCGCGCGUUCGCAUGUACGAAAUUCAAAUGAUGGGUGUCAUGGAGAGUGAACAGUCUAAUAUCUCUAUUCCAUAUCUUCUCGAAGGUCGCGGCAUGGCCCGAUUUCGCAACUCAUGGCCAGGCCAAAAUCAAAUUGCCCGUGGCCCUUCAAGAACGCGAUCAGCCAAUUCUUCGUCUUUGAAAGCACAAUUCAGUGAUAGUCUACGCCCUGGGCCUUUCCUCGAAAACGUCAUUGAUGAGAGUGAAAUCCAAACUAAAGGACCAAAAAAAUCUCGGAAGUCCGUCAUGGCUUGGAUGGACCAGUAUGAUGACAAUGUCUUCGCUGCGACACCUAAAAGAAAUCAGGUUCCGAGACCUAAAAAUAAACGCUUGAGUGAGCCGGAGGUUCAAGGCACUGGAGCUCAUGAUAGAAUAUCCGCCCGCUCCGUCUUACAUUUACGAGAACAUGAGAAUGGCGUGCGGGCCCGUCCACGAAAGAUUGAUGGACCUAUACCUGUCCGUAAAGCUUCGAUAUCCUCAAAGAGCACAUCGCCCAAAAAGCCAGCACUGAAAUCAAAAGCAGCAACACCAGCCUCGCGCAUUUCUCGAACAAUCAGUUUUGCUCUUCGGGGGUUGAGUGCUACUCCUCCAAGAGCACAGGCAAGUACUGGUGUGCAUGUAGAGCAUGCGAGUGCACUUCCAAUGUCUAAUCAGCGAUCAUCCGGUGGGACUUUUUCCGAUACCAAGAGUGUCACUUCCUUAAGCCCCUCGGAAACUGCCUCAGUUGCGACGAUCAUAGAAAGCCCAUCCCGGCCAUCGACUCCUCCAAAGCUGUCCCAAAAUACUAGACUCACCCCAUCCAAACCGAUUUCUAUCAAAACUCCCUUGAAAAGGCCCUCAGAGAGCCCGGAGCGUUCUGAACAUGGGAGACCUCAGGGAUCACUAUCUACAUCUGCAACAGAUGUUCCUAGAAUCAAUCGCGAGGAAGAUUAUGGUCGGCCAAAUGAUCAUAAAGUUGAAAUCACAGUUCAUCACAGUUCGCGCGAUGCUCCAUCGAAAUAUUCCUCGAGUAAGGCCUUAGCACCCUGGGUACGACCGGUUAACCCUUGUAAUACACCAAAAGAUGUUUUGCGCAACACAAGCUGGUUUGGUCGUUGGCAACAUGCAUACCCACGUCCUCCUCACGUUGCCGUUGUCAAAUGGAAGAGUCUGAAGUCUCCUGCGGUACUACCAUUGACCACAGAAGAGUUUCCGACGGCUAGUGAACUUGCCUCGGACUACUUGCAAACACCUUAUCGUGUCUUUGCGAAUGACGAUACAGAUGGCGUUGAGGCGCCAAAGUCCCGUGGGGUUCUUCUUCGUGAGAUGAUCUCACUUCGGCUAUCCCAUGGGUUUCAAAUAAUCGUUGGUAAAAAUGUUGCCGAGUUCUCUGCGCAGCCAUCUCUUGAAUCAAUCAACGUCUUUGAUACCCGAGGACUCGAGAAAAAUGGAGUCACUGUUUAUCUUUCCAAAGGAAACUCCAUCCAUCGUCUCAUCACUAUAGAUGGGGGCGAAAUCGAGGUGACACGCUUCACACACCAGUCAUCGGCGUCUCUUGUAUCGCCCAAGCGAAACAAUUCUAUACUGUAUCAACCAGCCAUGAGGACCAUUCUCAAUCCAGAGUACGAAGUGAAAGAUAUCAAGCUCGACCCUACUGCUGAAGAGUACAAUUGGAACCUUGCUGAUAACUACGUCGCUGGACAUCGUGAUUAUUUUCACAAUCCGGCGCAGCAACUUCAUUUCUGGCGAAUUCGCUAUGUAUUGAUCCCAAUGCAACUUCAUCCCAAUAUCCGACGACACCUGCAAUCCAUUAAUGAGGAUAACGAGGAAGAAAUUCAUUUGCUUGGAAUUAGUCAAUUAACUCACAUGUGGCAACGAAAUAAAUAUGUGUCGCCUGAAGAAAAGCGAUUUGAAUCGGGGAACAAGAAGAGAGACCAGAACCCGCUCAAUAUUAUGUACCAAACACGAAACCCAUCCGAGGCUGUUGCAGCGGAGCUUGAUCGAAUUCUCCUUACUGAUCCUGGCCUUGACAACCCGCCUGCUCAACUAUUACCCGAGGAGGAGCUGCUUGAGAGAUCCAGUGUUAAUAUGUCGUCGCUGGCCCAAAUGAUUCAAGGUGACAAAGGUGUACGCAUGAUGGAUCGACGGUGGCACUGGAGAUUGCAUUACAAUUGUUUCAUUGGAUUUGAAUUUACCACUUGGCUACUGCAAAACUUCCGUGAUCUCGAUACCCGUGACGAAGCUGUGACCUUUGGUAAAGAAUUGAUGAAGCACGGUCUGUUCCAACACGUCGAGAAAAGACACGACUUCCGAGAUGGAAACUAUUUUUAUCAGAUCUGCGCCGAGUAUCGUAUCACGCGUCCAGAAUCCCGAGGUAGCUGGUUUCCCCAACUCCGAUCAGAUAAGUCGAUGCCUUCAACACCGGCAAUUGGGAAAGACUCUCCUUCUAGUCUUCGAGCUCGCUCCGAUAGCAUUGAUGACCGUGUACCACAAACACCAACUACUCCCUCCAAGACGAAGAAUAAGGUCGCUAUCAUGUUGUCCAAGUCUUUGAAGUAUGAUGUGGAUACCCGCAAGCGAUCAAAUCGACCUGAGGUAAUCGAUCUCCAUUAUGACCGGCUUCAUAACCCUGAGAAUUGCUUCCACAUUGAACUGAGCUGGAUGAAUACCACACCCAAAAUGAUCGAAGACGCGGCGCACUCAUGGGCCUCUACAGCAGAGAAGUUCGGUUUGAAGCUUGUUCAAGUGCCCCUCGCCGAGGCAUGUGCAAUCGACAAAACUCAGCCGUUCCGCAAGCCUUAUCAGAUCAAGCUGAAAGUUCCGCCCCCUAAGGGACCCGUUCAUACGGUGUUCAAUAAUGCAUCUUUUGCACAGCCAGGGCCACCGGAUCAGCUCUAUUAUCAGAAGUGCAUUCUCCGCAAAUUCGACUUUGUAUUGGACUUUGAAGCCUGCAGUGCAUUCCCCGCCGACGUUGAGGUCUCCUAUUCUUGGGGGAAGCCUGACUACAAGUAUCCGCAGUUUAUCCAUCGUACAGGCAGCCUCCUCGCCCAAAUCACAGAUGAAGGAGACUUCCUCCUUCUUGCGAAUCGUCUAGUCAGCACCCGCGGCGCCGCAACAAGAGAUCAUCGGGGUCGAGCAGCGAAUCAUGACCCUCUUGACCGCUCUCCUCGUUUGUCUCCAUUGGUUCGCCCUUUACAUGAUAUCGGAAGCCCGAUCCCAGGUCCAGGUCCGCCAAGCAUUGACUCAGCGCAUCUCUAUCGCGCGCCGGAGCAUAUCCUACACAACCUGCUUGAGUUCUGCAAUGACGCGGCAGCGCUCGAGCAAUUCUACAGCCAGUCCCAUGUGCGUCCAGUCUCGACAAAGGUUGAACCGGCCACUGCUCAUAACAUCAUGGAUACAUCUAUCCCAUCUCUUGAGCUACCUGCUAGCGUGGUUAGCCAUCAUAUUUCACCUCCGCCCGGUUUGCCAUCCAGGGUAACAGAAGAGCCACCUCGCGAAUCACGGGAUUUGUUAAAAUCGCCCGACAUGACCAGAACGAGGGCUCGAGGCGAAAGUCUGAGCUACAUGAGCAGUCCACGAAGUGGUGGCCUGCGACCUCAGAUGUAA